UUAGCAGUGGUCGUUCGUUUUGUUCGUUCAAUCAUCCCCAAUUAACAAGGCCUCUAACUUCUUAAUAAUUACGGCUCGCCCGGACCCGCCAGCGGUCAGUGUCUAAAACGUUGACGUGCCAAAGUAAUGGAUCCAUCAUCCCAACGGACAGCAGGUCUUUGCGAAAAAACAGGCGUAUACGGCAGGAAGAGUCUCUGGAACCAACCACUGGCCCAGCUGACCGGACACAUUAUCGAAUUAAACAGAUUAUGAUGAUGCUUUUAUGACAUACAAAGAGUAGUGAGUAUAAUAAUAAUUUUUGUAGUUUGGGAGAAGAAAUGCGAUUAUCGAUGUAGAAGAGUUUGGUUUAAUUGAAAUUGAUGCG